AUGCCUAGCCAUACCCCGGACGAGAGAGAGCCUCUCUUGCAAAACGGAAAUGGAAAUGGGCGUCAGGAUGAGAGACAGCUUCUCGAAUUCGGCAAGCAAGAUCACUCCAAUCCAAGAGUCUGGUCGAAAAGCAAGAAAUUAGGAAACACUUUUGUGAUUGCGUCUAUGUCGAUCCUCAGCCCUUUGGCUAGUUCAAUAUUCAGUCCUGGAAUCGAGCAAAUCGCAGACUCACUUCACUCUUCUCAAGAUGGAGUAAUCCUGUGUCAGACUGGCUUCGUUGUGAUGCUCGGUAUCGGACCAUUAGUACUCGCGCCGUUAUCAGAGACUUUCGGCAGAAAGCGCUUAUAUUUGAUCUGCUUCACCAUCUUUACACUGUUGCAAAUACCUACCGCUCUGGCCAAAAGCUUGCCGGUGCUCGUUACCUUGCGCACCAUCGCAGGUUUCUUUGGUAGCGUUGGCAUUGCGAAUGGUGGGGGUACAAUAUCGGACAUGUACGAGCCCUCUGAACGUGCACAGAUCUUUGGAAUCUAUUUACUUGGCCCCCUCCUUGGACCAUCGAUUGGCCCCCUUCUCGGUGCUGUUAUCCUGGCAAACCUGGACUGGCCAUGGAUGUUCUGGUUCCUCUUCAUCAUCUGCUCCAUCGCAGUCUUCGGCGCCUUCUUCUUCCUGCGUGAGACCUACGUUCCCACUAUCCUAGCCAAGCGCAAACAAGAACUCGAGGCUUCCGAAGACGUAAAAUAUUACUACGAAGGCGAGGACAACCGCCCCCUCGGCAUCAAGCUCACCCAGUCUAUCAAGCGACCCCUCUUCAUCCUCUUCACCCAGCCGAUCGUCAUGACAAUGGCCGCCUACCAAGCCCUAAUAUUCGCCAUCACCUACAGCCUGUACACGAAAUUCCAGUCCAUCUGGGGAAGCAUCUACGGCUUCAGCACCCUUCAAGUUGGCCUCACGUACCUGGGUCCCGGCCUCGGAUUCCUCUUCGCGGUAGUGACCAUCGUCCCUCGCAUCGGAGCCAUCUACAACUCUCUCACGAGAAAGCACAACAAUAUCGCCAAACCCGAGUACCGGCUCCCGCUCGCCAACAUCGGGUCCGUCCUUAUCCCCCUCUCCCUCUUCGCAUUUGCCUGGACCACGCAGUACCAUGCCCACUUUGCGUUCCCACUUCUCGCGACCUUCUUCUACGGCAUCGGCCAGGUGGCCGUCUUCAACGCCGUGCAGAACUACUACAUCGACGCGUUUGAGAAGUACGCCGCUAGUGCCAUUGCGGCCGGCUCGCUGUUCCGGAGCGUCGUGGGAGGCGUGGUGCCGGUGUUCACGGGCAGCUUGCUGGAUAAGUAUGGGCUCGGCUGGGGAUUCAGCAUUUUUGGGCUCGUCGGUGUGGCGUUGGCGCCGAGUCCCGUGUUGUUUUAUAUCUAUGGGGAGAGGUUGAGAAAGAGGUUUGCCAUUGAGCUGGAUUAG